AUGGCGUUAACUGCUAGAUGCAGAACAGUUACUUUAAAACCCAGACCAGCUCAGAUAGCUACUACAAAUGAAGGUCACGAUGAAAGAAAUAUGCGAUUAUGCAGACCCACAUCGCCACAUUUGACAAUAUACAAAUUUGAAUUACCAGCCGUAUUGUCUAUAUCGCAUAGGUUUACUGGUAUUAUUUUAGGAGGUUAUGCAGUUACAUUUGCUACAGUUUCUUUACUUUCAAGUAAACCCAUGCUUGAUGUGGUUCAGAGAAUAAGUCAUUGCUAUCCUGGAUUUUUCUUAAUUUUCAAAGUUGGCCUCAUAUUCCCUUUUACUUAUCAUUUCUUUAAUGGUGUUCGCCACUUGGUUUGGGAUAAUGGCAAAAGUUUAAGUUUAAAAGGAGUUUAUAUUAGUGGUUAUACAAUGCUAAUGGCUGCAGCAAUUUGGGAUACUGGAAAAUUACUUACUAUUAAAGGAGUUUAUAUAAGUGGAUGUAUAGUACUUUUAUGUACAAUUUUGUCAUGUUUUGGUCUUUUCUAUGUUGCCGAAGAGUUUAAAAGAAUCGAGAAAGAAUUAAAGUUGAAAAGAAAGGCAGAAGAAGAGGCUAAAAUAGCAGCAGAAUUAGAAAAGAAGGCUGAAGAGGAAAAACAAAAGAAAAAGAGAAGAUUUUUUUAA